AUGGAUAGACUGAAUCGCUUGGCGGCUUAUACCUGGGACGAUUCGAGGCAAUUUCGCUCAAGCUAUGGCGUGUGGCACGUUUUUGGCACCAAAUACCUUGGCCGUGCCGUCCGUCCGGAUUAUGAGCAGAUCGCUCGCCUCCAAAGUGCCUCCUCUCCCGGCGAGUUGAGCAGUUCAUCGGUCCCACAUGGUCCAGGCGGGGACAGCACCGCUGGGAACCGGGGCAAGGAGUCGGAGAGAACGAUUGAAGUGGUAGCGCGAAUUGGUGAUAAUCUGGUCCAGGAAGAAAGGCUGCAAGAGGAGUAUCAGACGCUGGCAUCCGCCGACGCUUCCCACCGCAAAUAUCUCCUGCGGCCCGUGGAGAUGCAGCGCUUACCCAGCCUCAACGACGACCACGAACCAUCGCUCCUGGCCUGCAUUUAUGAAAGCCCUGGUCCCAACGAUCUCCUGCGCUACAUCGAUUGCGGCGCGAUCUGGUAUCAUACGCGCCCCGAAGGAGGCGAGAGUGAUAACGAGACCGAUGAUGUGGGUUCGUAUCGAUCCGAUCGGCGCGAGCUCAUGCCGCUGCACACCUUUCUAGAUUUUGCCAUCGGAGCGGCAGAGUGCAUCGAAAUGCUGCAUAGCCAGCAGAUUGUCCAUGGGCAGAUCCGGGGGGACGCAUUUCACUUCAAUCAAGAGACUGGCCGCGUGAGACUGAUCCAUCUCGGGGCGGGCGUCCGGGCCUACGACACCGGGCGGCUAAGCGCCAGCUCGCCCGUCCUGGCGAACCCUCUUAUGAGCCCCGAACAGACCGGGCGGACGCCGAUCCAGCCGGACAACCGGGCCGAUAUCUAUUCCCUCGGCGUCCUGUUUUGGAGCGCGUUAGUCCACGAGAUCCCAUUUGGGAGCAAGUCUCCCAUGGACAUCAUUAGGGAGGCUCUUGGACAGGAGCUGCCGUCGGUAUCGACCUUGCGACCUGACGUGCCGGAAUUAAUUGCUCGGGUUAUCGCCAGGGCGACGGCAAAGAAUGUCUUGGGGCGGUACAACUCUGUUAGCGGUCUGCGACAUGACCUCGUGGAGGUGCGGAGGUUGCUGGCGGCGGGAGAUACGGAAGAAGCGGAAUCCUGGGAGAUUGGCAGUAAGGAUGUGUCUCCAUUCUUCACGCUCCCGCGCACGAUGGUGGGCCGGACGACCGAGCGGGAUGCCAUCGUCGAAGUCCUGGAUCGCAUGUUCAGAAUGUACCAGGGCAAAGGGCCUCGCUUGUCGUCGCUGCCGGAGGACCAAUUUGCGAUGUUCGCCGUCCCUCCCCCAUCAGGUGAUAAUCUGUGUGAAAAGGAAGCCCGUACCUUGGCCGAUGGAUUUCCCAACUUGCCGGGUUCCACGAGCGUGACCUCCGCUAGGAUUCCCCAAUCGUAUAUAGCCAAUACAAGCCGCGUGCGUUCCCCUGGAGACUCGCAAAACGGCUCGAGCGAUGGCAGCGAGGUCGGUCCCGUGGCCUCGGACGGGAAAGGGGCAGAGAAGCGAUUGUCGACUCCAUCGAUCAGCAGCAGCAGUGGCGAUGGAAGUUCCCGAUCCAGUGACGAUGCCGGAAAGACAGCUGGGCAUCGCAUGAUGGCGCCGAAAGGACGGUGCGAGGUUAUCAGCAUUGAGGGAGGGGCUGGUUUGGGCAAGACUCGACUGAUCACGUCUGUGCAGAUUGAAGCCCGACGAAGAGGCUUCUUUGCCAGCUCCAGGUUUGAUCUCGCAAUUAAAGAACACCAGCGUCCCGUUCUGCAGCUGUUUUCGAGCCUGUUCGAGCAGGCCUUUUCAGAAAAUUCGAUUGAGCCUAGUUUCUUGCCAAUGCUGCGGAACCAUAUUGGGUCUGCGUGGGACACUUUGCACAAGGUUUUAGGCCUUCCCAAAUUCCUCCUCGGAUCGAGCCCCAACUUGCCAGAGCAGGUGCCUAAAAGUGCUGCUCGUUCGACUAAGUCACUACCCUACCGGCAUCCUCCCGAGAGUACAGGAACAGAGAGUUCCCAGGAAUUUCUUCGAACGGGAUCCUCGACCAACUCUUUGCCUCUUGUGCGGACGUUGCUGGAUAUCCUGCGUGCCUUCACGCAAUACAAAUUAGUGUGUCUUUGCCUGGACGAUGUUCACUUGGCGGACGAAGAAUCGGUGGAACUCAUUACCCAGAUCAUCUCGGCUAGAAUCAGACUGGUGUUGAUCUUGGCCUAUCGACCCGAAAAUGCUUCCUCUGAAAUGGUUAAACAGAUCCUUAACCUCUCUACCAAUAAAGAACUUCGGACAGGAAGAGAUGUUGGUCUUACUGUCGUCAAACUCUCUCCACUUAGUGAAGACAGCGUGAUGCAAUAUGUUGCAAGCACCUUGUGUUUGCCUGUCCCUGUUAUCUUACCGCUGGGGGCACUCAUUCAAUCCAGGACUAGUGGAAAUCCCUUUUACGUCCGUGAAAUGUUGAACGAUUGCUAUGAACAUGGAUUCAUCUGCUAUGACUACCAGGAAGGGCUGUGGUCGUUUGAUCUGAGUCGUAUAUCUGAACAUUUAAAGGCGGACGACUACAACGACGACAUCGUCGAUGACUUUUUAAUUAGGCGCCUGAGUAGCUUAUCAGCUGUCUCCAAAUCAAUUCUGGCCUGGGCAUCCCAUUUGGGCAUGACUUUCUCGUUUCAGCUGGUCAAGAGACUUCUCAACAGCGAUGAGAUGGAUCCCUGGUCUGGCUUGUCCGAGCGGGAGAUGAUUCAAGGUCUGCAGGCGACCAUCCAAGCCUACGUUAUUGUGCCCACGCAGGAUCAUGACAUUUUUUCGUUUACAUAUAACCACUACAUGCAUCUGGCAGCGUCAUUCCACACAAGAGACCCAGAUCAUGUGAACUUUGUCAAAGCGCAAGUGUUGUUCCGGUAUUACUCCCAUGACGACAAAUAUCGCAACAUGCUGGCAUCAGCCAUUAUCGAAUCAGCGCCGAUAUUCAAAGCCUCCGUGGCAAGAAGAAGGCCUUUCAGGAAGUUUUUAUUCGACUAUGCGAAAGCUGCAAGUGAGACCGGUUUCCGCUCAACCGCCAUCAACUCUUACACAAGUUGCAUCCAGUUGCUUCAGGAGGACAUGUGGAACGAGGACGCCGAAGAUGUGAUCUACGACGAGACGCUGCAGAUAUUUACCUCUGCUGCUGAAGGCUACUUGUACCAGGGACAGCAUGCCGAAGCUAGUCGCUUGCUGGAAUCUAUGCUCGCCAAUGCUCGGAGUCCAGUGGACAAGGCUCCCUCCUGGAUCUUGCAGUCUCGCAUGCUUGCCCAACUGGGUAAUUCAACUGGUGCUUUCCAGGCGCUGAAACAAUGUCUCACGACCCUGGACAUAACAAUUGAUGAUGAUCCGAGUUUUUUCAAAUGUGACAAUGAGUUCCGUCGGCUAUGCGAGGCCAUUUCCGCUACUACGACUGAAGAUAUCAUUGAGAAGGCCUCUGUUGGACAUCCCAUAUUGGCUGCCGUCGGCGCGGUCCUCGUUGAGGCCACUAGCGCGGCUUUCUGGUCCGACACGCUGACUUUUUACCAAAUGACGCUGGUCAUGGUGGACACCUAUCUCUCUCAUGGCCCCUUCCCGCAGGCGGGCAUGGGACUACUGCAAUUGGCUGUAAUAGCGAUCACUCGGGACAAUGCAAUUGCCUUCGCGAGUCAUUGUUCGGAGCUUGCCCUGGCUCUGAUUAAACAAUCUAACGACCCACGUACCAGGGGACGUGGUAUCGUGUUAUACUCGACCUUUAUCGAUCACCUUCAACAUCAUGUCCAGUCCUCAAUCUCUCAUUUGGAAGGAGCUUUGGAUUUCUCUAUCCAUGCUGGUGACCGAAUCGCGACCAUCUUGAACUACGGGCUACUGGCCACCAUGAAAUUUUUCGCCUCCGAAAACCUGGCCGAGCUGGAGAGCUUUUGCGUCUACAGUUGUCAGGAUAUCACUAGCUGGCAGUCGGAUACUCCCGGCGGUACGAUCCUCAUCACAAUCUGCCAGCUCUGCCGUGCUUUGCAAGGGAAAACAUAUACGCAUGACUCAACAGCGGUGAUGAGCGACGAAGAACACAAUUCGGCCGCAUACAAGUAUUGGCUAGUGAGAACGAUCAAGAAUAGCGACCGGCCGCUGAUGCUCUAUGAGAGCAUGGAAAUUGCUCCAUUAUUCCUGUACGGUCACUACGAGCGAGCGGUUGCGCUGGGGAAUUCUUGUCUCAAGAAAGUGAACGCCAUUUGGUCCACACGGAACACGCGAUUCCUGAUGUUCUUUCAUUCCCUUUCUUUAGCCGGAUGCGUGUGGAUGCGGAAGCAGCAGCAAGUCAAUCAUGAGGCAACACUUGAGGAGAUGGCCAACCUGGCGAGGAUGUUGAGGUAUUUCAAGCGCAAGAUUGAGCAGUGGCAGGCCAUCACAGAUGUGAACUAUCUGGCAUGGACUAAGAUCUUGAGCGCCCAGAUCGCCGAGAUGGAGCAUGACCAAAGGGCUGCUUUGUCUCUCUAUCAAGAGGCAUUAGACCACGCUUCCACGCAUGGAUUUGGUUUCGAGGAAGCUCUCGCCAACCAUCUGUUAGCUGAACAUCUGAUGCGUGAGGGCUCUUCGCGACUGGGCACACUCGCUCUGAAGGAAGCAGCUAGUCUCUACCAGCGAAUAGGGGCCACCGGGGUGGCUGAUCACAUUCUGCGUGUCCAUGGUUUGGAGCAAAAGCCAAAGCACGUGCCACGAGAAGCCGCUACUCAAACUGAACCAGACGAAAGUAGUAUGCGGAUUCGCCCUCAAGUAUCCGACCCGGGCAAUGAUGAAAAAUCGAGUGCGGGAGAGUCUGUGGCGGAGCGGAGCCUACACAUUUUAGAUCUCACCUCCAUCCUUGAACGGUCACAGGUGAUAUCUAGUGUUCUAAGGGUUGACGAGCUGCUCCAGACAAUGUGCAAAAUUAUCAUGGAGAGCUGCCAUGGCACUGCCACUGUGGCGGCCAUCAUCACCAAAGAGAACGCGGCCACCGAGUGGGCCGUGGCAGCAAGUGGCGACGCAGCUGGACACAUCAAAGUACAUCACCCUCCAACACCGAUUGGACACUCCUUUCUUGUCGCAGAAAGCGUUGUGAAUUACUGCGUGCGCUUUCGCGAACCAGCGUAUUUGCCGGACAUCUUGCAGGAUCCGCGAUUUAGCUACGUCAGCGAAGCGUGGUUGGCCCAGAACCCGUCCAGUAAAUCGGUCGUGGCGUUUCCCAUUUCUCACGGUGGCGAUGAGACCGAGCCCCUUGCGGUGCUGUAUCUGGAGGGACCGCCCAACGGCUUCUCGCAUCUCAAUCGUGUUGUGUUACAGCUGCUCGUCGUCCAACUCGGAAUUAGCUAUUCCAAUGCGCUGACCCUCAAGGAAGUUGAACGGGUAUCCACCAUCAACCAAUCUAUGGUGAAAGUGCAGAAGAAAGCCCUGGCAGAAGCGAUGGCAGCCGAGCAAGAGGCGAACAUUGCUAAGGCGGAGGCCCUGCAUCAUGCCCAGCUGGCCGAAGAGGCCGCCAAGGCUAAAAGCAGUUUUCUCGCCAAUAUCUCUCAUGAGCUACGAACGCCACUCAAUGGGGUUAUUGGCAACUCAGAGCUUCUCCUUAGCAGUCCACUGCCGGGGCAGGAAUUGCAAAUGGCGGACUCGAUUCACACGUCAGCAAAACUCCUUCUCACUGUGAUCAAUGACAUUCUCGACUUCUCCAAGAUCGAAGCGAACAAGGUGCAGUUGCAUAAUGUGUCCUUCGAUGUUGACAAGAUGAUUCGGGAAGUCGUUCGCUCGAUGUCGACCGAUUUCGGGAAUAAGCGACAGUCCAACCAUGUUCGCAUUAUCCAAGAUAUUCGACUGCCUCAAUUCCGCGUAUAUGGCGACCCCGUCCGUCUGCAGCAGAUUUUAGGCAACCUAAUCGGUAACAGCCUGAAGUUCACCGAAACGGGGUCCAUCACGAUAGGAUCCAGGGCGGACGAUGAAACCGUGGACUCAGCUCGUCUCACCUUCUGGGUGACGGACACGGGUAUUGGCAUUCCCGAGCGACACAUACAGAACCUGUUCAAGCCGUUCACCCAAGCCGAUGCAAGUACCGCGCGCCGGUUCGGAGGCAGUGGAUUGGGCCUCAGUAUUUGCAAGUCUCUCAUAGAUAUGAUGGGAGGCACCAUCGAUCUCAAGAGCACCGAAGAUGUCGGCACAACUGUUUCAUUCUCAAUAACCUUGCCGAAGGUCAAUCCCGGUGGUUCGGGGACCGCCAGUCCAACAGAAUCCACUGACAAUGCACUGAGCCUGCUCAAUACAGCAGCCCCGGAUUGCAUGGACCUGUCUCAAAUCCCCCUCUCCAACCUCCGCAUCUGUGUUGCGGAGGAUAACCUCAUCAACCAGAGAAUCACGGUGCAGUACCUCAAGAAGCUAGGAUUCACCCAGGUAGAUGCCUAUAACAACGGCCUGGAAGCCGUGGAGGGCAUCCAGAAGAAGGCCAGUGAAGAGCAGCCGUACCACAUGGUCUUGAUGGAUGUUCAGAUGCCCGUCAUGGAUGGGUAUGUUGCCACCCGCCGCCUUCGCCAGGAUCCCGUGGACGCCGUGAGGCGCAUCCUGAUUAUCGCUCUCACAGCCUCGGCGAUUCAGGGUGAUCGGGAGAAGUGCCUGGAUUCGGGGAUGAAUGAUUACCUGGCGAAACCCUUUCUUCUGGAAGCGUUGAAGAAGAAGUUUGAGCAAUACCUACAGAUCUAG